UGUUAAAUGAAUGUAUUUUGUGUCUGCCCUGGCCAUGUGAUGUCCGGCGCACCCGAGUUUACGGUCCCAGCUGACAGCGCUAAACCCCGCUUGCGCUUUGCGGUGUGAAGCACGCGUCACGGUGCCGGGCCCGGCGCUCAGUCUCACGGAAUCGGAGCGCACAGCGGACGCCACCACCGAAUUGGCGAGAAACUGCGCUCCCUCUUGCGAGAAGAUGGCGCCGUCGCGGUCCCGCACCCUGAGGAGGUGCCAGCGAGUCUUGUACUGGGUGCCUGUCCUCUUCAUUGGGCUUAUCGCCUGCUGGUCCUAUUACGCCUAUGUCAUCCAGCUGUGUGUAGUAUCGAUGAAAAAUAUUGGAGAAAAAGUUGUCUGUUUGGUAUUUUACCAUUUACUUUUCAUCAUGUUUGUUUGGUCGUACUGGAAAACUAUCUUUACAAAGCCAAUGAAUCCGACUAAAGAGUUCCACCUUACAUACACAGACCGGGAACAAAUAGAACGUGCGGAUCGGGGUGAGGGUCAGCAGGAAGUCCUCAGACGAAUGGCCAAGGAAUUGCCCGUCUAUACAAGAACCUUAUCUGGAGCAAUUCGAUACUGUGACAGAUGUCAACUUGUGAAGCCAGAUCGCUGUCACCACUGCUCAGUCUGUGACAAGUGCAUUUUGAAGAUGGAUCAUCAUUGUCCUUGGGUGAACAAUUGCGUUGGUUUCUCCAACUACAAGUUUUUCUUCCUUUUUUUGGCUUACUCACUGCUUUAUUGUGUAUUUAUCGCUGCUACUGAUCUUCAGUACUUUAUCAAGUUUUGGCUGGAUGGAGUUCUAAUUAAGCGCCUGAAGGAAUAUUGGAAUGGCCUACCAGACACCCAAGCUAAGUUCCACAUCAUGUUCCUGUUCUUUGCAGCUGCCAUGUUCUCCGUCAGCCUGUCCUCUCUGUUUGGCUACCAUUGCUGGUUAGUCAGUAAGAACAGGUCUACAUUAGAGGCAUUCAGAGCACCUGUAUUCCGACAUGGACCAGACAAGAAUGGGUUUAGCUUAGGCUGCAGCAAGAAUAUGAAGCAGGUAUUUGGAGAUGAGAAGAGGUACUGGUUGCUGCCUGUCUUUACAAGUUUGGGUGAUGGCUGUUCCUUCCCAACAUGUUUAGUGAAUCAGGACCCAGAGCAACCCUCCACUCCAUCUGGGCAUAACUCAAAUACUAAAAGUGUCACUGAAGGCCAUCCAUUUCCUGCCAAACCUUUACGAGAAUCCCAGAAUCAUCUAUUGGGUAGCAGCCAAACAUGGUCAGAAGGAACUUCUGAUGAUGAGAAAGGCAAGCAUGGUAUGAGCAAUCCUGUCAUGGUCAUGGAAAAUGAGACCUAGCUGUGUGUCAAGCAGCCUUUAACAGCUGGCAAUUUUCGAGAUGCAGCUGCUUAUGGAUGAAAUCUAGGAAGAAAUAUUUUCCAAGAUCCCAACCUUCACCUGCCUGUCCAUCCCUGUUUGAUGUCUGUGCCUCUGUGGGAUGUCCAAAGGAAAUCUUCCUAUGAUUGACUGGAUUUCCUGUUAUCACAGCUUAACAAACAACUUAGUGAUUCAACCACCCGUAAAUGUACACUGGGGAAAUAUAAUUCUAUUCUGAAUGCAUAUGCUUAACGAAACACGCUAAAUCUUAAUAGCAGCUUGGCAUUGCAGUAAUUAUGAGAUUAUUGAGGAAAACAGUCUCUUGCCCUUUGAAACAAUGCUAAAGCAAUUCUGGUUUGACCACUGUUCAUGCUAUGGUAUUGCCUGGAUUUCCAUAUCAAAUCAUAUGAUAUGUGCAAGGGCUCACUCGUCCCUUGGUGGUAGUAGUACAUGUGAAGACAUUUUGUGUUUAAUGGGAAUGACCUGUUUCCUUUAACUGUUAGUGUUAAAGGAGUUCAUAGGAAGUAUAGACUUCUAACAAAAUUUUAGCAGGUGUCAUACAAGGCAGAAAUAGAUGACAUAUUGUGAAUAUGCCUUUUAUUAAUGCAUUUUGAUUUUUUUUUGCUAAGAUAAGGGGUGAGGAAAGUAUAUAAUAUGGUUCCCAAAAUAUCUGAGUCAGGUAUUUUACUAUCUUACUGAAAAUAACUUACAGGAGUUGUGGAUUAUCUGGCCAAGAAAGUGCUGAAGGAAUAUAUUUUAAUAGUAAUUUAGACCUGCAGUAUUCUGUACUGUGAUCUGUUUCCAGUGAUAAAUGCUGCAUGCCCCAACUGUGGCAUUUAAUCCAUGAAACUUGUUUAUUUAGCAGGCAGAAGAAAUUACCUUGUGGCCAUUUGUUGUGGUCACAGUUUCCCCUUACAAAUGUUGUGUCAGCAUGACAAUUUCAGUGCGUAUUGUUUUCAAAUGGAAUGCGUGUACCAAAUAGAAUUUCUAAAUAUUCACACAUCAUAAUGGUAAAGUGCCAUGAGCACAAUCAAUACGAAGGGACGCAAAGUACAGAAAAUGCUUUGGUAAAGACUGAUGAGAAAAAGCACAAAUUGGUCCCCUUGUAGUGUGCAGUGCCUUUGUUGAAAAUUUGAUCCACUGUUGUAAUGUAUUUGGAAUCUAAUUAUCAAGACCCCCUUUUUAAACCAAAUUUCAGUAUGAUUUAAGCUGGUGAAAUUAAACAUUUUUUUAUUUCUGUUAUUAAUCAUACAGGAAAAAAUAUUCUGAUAACUGGAGUGAGAAAAGUUUUCCCUGUGCAGUGAAAAGAGAAGAAAACUUAGUAAAUUGGUUAUUACAAACAUUUAAGUGAAUGUUUUUCUGGGGCUGCUUUUAAACAUAAGUAAAUCAACUUGGACUGUUUAAAUAAUGAAUAUUUAGUUAGGAAAAAAAAGGAACAAUUUUAAGGCCAGCAAGGUUUCAGAGUUGCAACUUUUCAAAAUUCAAAUUAAUAUUUCUGUUGAAAAGGGGAGUGCUGUUGAUACAUUGCCCCUAGAACAAAUACAGUAGCCAAUUUAGUUUUCUAGCUGUAAUUUAUACCAAGGCAUUUAAAAGGAUAUGCUUUGGGGUACUUCGAUUAUAUUUCUGGCACUAAAGCUCAAAAACAAUUGGGAAAGAUAAGCAGGGAGUGAAAUUUCUGUUAAGAAAGCCUGUGGCUCAGAUGAACAUAGAACACUACAGUAUAGUACAUGUUCUUCAGCCCAAUGUUGCGCCAAUCUUAUAAGCUAUUCUAAGAUCAAUCUAACCCUUCUCUCCUACAUAGCCCUCUAUUUUUCUAUCACCCAUGUGCCAUGAUGUAAAGCAAAAUCAAACUAGUAGAUUUUGGAAAUCUGAAAUAAAAGCAGAAAAUAAGGGAAAAAGCUGCUGGUCAGACAUUUGUUCUACUGCUGUUCUGAUAAAAGGUCAAACCCUGACCACUUUUAAUACUGUAUGCUGCCUUUUAUAAGGCAUUUAAAAAUAUUCAAAUUAAUUCUUCCUUCAACAUUUGGUUUGUCAAUCUUGUUAUAUUCUUUGAAGAUUUAUGCAGUAAAGGAACAUACAAAUCCAAAGAAAAUCCAAUAUUAGUAACCAGAUGAUACAAGAGUGAAAUAAAGUAACUUGAGGUUUAAACAAAGCUGAGGAAAAUCAGGUUUCAAGGUUGCAUGCUUCUGAAAACAUGCAAAUCAAAACCCUAAUGUCUACUUCAUGCUGUUCUCCAAAUUAUUUACAAACUGGAUGCAAAUCUAUAGUGACAUAACUAUUAAAAGGAAUAAAUGAAGUUUCCUACAAAAUGAGACAAAAAAAUUUGUAUUUUUGUUUCCAUGGAAUCAAAAACAAUUAUCACUGGCCUGUACUCUAAAUGUGCAGUUUAUGUCACCUCUCCCUAGUAAUUUAUUACAGGUAAGGCGGGUAACAAAAAUAAGUUAGUUGUCCUUAACUGCUGAGCUGUAAUGAAACAGUUUUGUAUACAAUAGAGUGACCACUAGUCAUCAUAACUACUUUGCAUCUGUUUAUGGUCUGCAUUAUGCUUAUCUUAACUACUGUAGAGCUGCACAAUCCCAAACACUCCACAACAUGGAAAUAUCUAAGACAAGAGGAGAUGAUUCAUCAAUUUCCAAAUUUAUAUACAGCCAGAUCCUACAAUAUGGCAAUAAAAAAGAACCAGAAAUUCUGGUUUUAUUUUAGUGAUGUUUCAGGGAGAAAUAUUGGCCAAGGUACAAAGAAAAACUUCACCUCCUUAAUUUAGUGCCAUAUUAUGUUCUAUAACUGCCUUAUUCUGUCCCAUCCAAUGACUACUGUACAUCUGCUGGUAUGGAAAUCUGUCAACUACAUUGAUGUGACCAAAUCACUAAAGUAGACCCUCUAUGUAGGUCAGGGGUUUCCUUUAUUUUUAUACCAUGACAAUUCAUUGCUACUAACUUAGUAAUUAUUAUUACUAAUUCAAAAUUUAAAAAUAAUUGAGGCAACUAUCUAAUGGUAGGAUUAAGACAAAUCCAUAUGUCUUUAGAUCCCCAGAGAACAUGUCGGUAUAAACCAAUACCAUUAAGCAAGGAGACCGUGGACCCCAGGUUAGGAACUGCUGCUGUGGGUGAAAGUCUGCCUAAGAGCUGUGUUUUAAACUGGAUCUCUUUAAAGAAUAAAUUUAAUAAUUUGAUUGUCUUAAGUUGUUUGAAUUUGCUCCUAUGCUGAGGUUUUUGACUUGUGGAUCAACAAAUAAAGCAGCAGGAAGGAUAAUUGUACAAAUUUAUGCAUUAUAUUUGUGGCCACAGCGGGUGUGUUGUAUGCACCACUAUAGGAAUGAGUGCACCGGAGAGGGUGCGGAGGAGAUUCACCAUGGUGUUGUUUGGGAUGGAACAAUUCAGUUUUGAGAGGAGAACUGUAUUUGUUUGCCUUGGAGCAGAAGCUGAGUAAGGAAAUGUGUCAAAAGUGUGCACAGUUUUGAGGGGCAUAGAUAGGGUAAAUAGUAGGAAAAUUCUCCAUUGCACAGGUUUUUAAAAUUACAGGGCAUAGGUUUAGUUAGGAGUAAGAGAUUUAGAGGGGAUCUAAGGAAAAGCAUGCUGGAUGGCAGUAGUAAAGAUUCUUACAAUCAAGUAUCUAGAUGAGCACGCAAAACACCAAGGCCAGCAGGCUUAGAUCAGGGCAGGUAAUUGGAAUAGUAUAGAUGAAUCCUUACUGGUCAGCAUAGGUGUAGUAGGUUGAUGGGCUUGUUUCUGUGCUGUAUGGACUCUGACGCUUUUGUGCUUUCUUGUCACUAACCUUAGUUGAGGUGUGGCUGACACUGAUGGUCCUUUGAAGGGCAGCAAUAAGAAAAUAUAUCUGUUUCUUGACUGGCUAAAAUUAGGAAUUGAACAAUAUUCGUUUAACUGCAAUCAUAAAUAAACCUGCAAAACAGUGGCAUUUAAAACAACACAUCAAAGUUGCUGGUGAAGUGGCAUUUAAAAUUUCCUAAUGAAAUUGGAGUUUGGCUUCCAAAAUAAUGGGUCUUAAAAUGCAGUCAUGUUAAAAAUCAACUUGUAUCAAUAUAAGUUAUUUACUCAUGAUAGUUCUAUUUUCUAAAACUUCAAGACAACAACUCCACAAAGGCUUGAAUUACUGGAAACUUAACGAGGGCUUCUGUUGGGCACUUCAGUUGUGAACAAAUUUAAUGAGAUAGAGAAAUAUGUAGAAGUUGCAAUUUUUUUUUCACUUUGCUUGUGUCCAUUAGCCAAAGAACACUGUCACAAUCAACAUCAGGUUUUUAAAAAGAUCCAAUACAAAGGGGAGGGGAAGAAUCAAAAAGAUAUAGCUUUACUUCGCUGUCUUGUUAUGUCAUUGGCUUAAUCUUUUACAUAUUUCAGGAAAAAUCAUUUUGUCAUGAGGGUCUUUUGAGUUAAGCCCAAUCCAGGAAAAUUGACCAUCUGGACAAGUUCCUGGUCAUUGUACUUGCCCUAUGUUAUGCUGCAUGUUCAGUAAAAACUAAAACAUUACUUCAAUAAUAGUUAAAUAAUUGAGGUUGACAAUUUAUUUUAAAUAACUGGGAAUAAAAAGGGUUUUGGAAGCAAAGCACAAAAGUUGUUCCUUGUAUUUUAGGCAAGUUUUUGAAGUUGAUGGAUGGUAUUACAAAUAUUUCAUCCAUGAAGUAUGCAUCAAAUGGGUUGCAAUAAGUUAAUCUGAGUAAUGUCACAAGAAACUUACCAAUAGUGAAAUAAGAACAUUUCAUCACAAUAGGCUUUGAGAUUUUUACUUCACCAAUAUAAUGAGAAGCUGGUUUGUGCUUUAACCCGGCUUGGGAUGAGUAGGACCCUGGUUAUCAUUUUUAAAAAAUAUAAUGAUUGAAAGUGAUAUCUUUGUACACAAAGGACAAGAAUAGAAAAAUUACAAAUGUCUUACUUUGGUUUCUUAUAGAACUAAUGCAUCUUACUUUGCAAAAUAUUGCUUAAAUUAAACAGUAUCAAAUUACAUUCUCUUUCAUGGCGAUCAGAUAACUUUACAUUACCCUGUCAAAGAAUGCCAUUCAAGAUAACAAUGGUGGUAAUGUAAUAGUGAUUAUGAUACAAAAUGAUUUUGUAUGUAUAAUUUCAGAGGUCUUUUACAUAGUUUCUAAUGAACAAAUUCAUAUCACGUAACGUGAAUUGCAUUAUUCCUUAACAAAGCUGUAAUAUUUUAAAUGCCUUGGUUUCUCCAAAAGACCAUUUGCAAGUUUGUAAUGUUUUAAAUGGUAAAAAUGCAGACAUUUUAACACAUUAACUUUGGGUGAUAGAUUCUAAUGAAUGAAAUCAGGCAUACAUGUACAAGAUGUUCUUGCAAAACUCAAUGUAAUAAUAUAUAUUUAGUAAAAAUUAAAUCUUCUAAAUAAUCACCAUUGAUCAUAUCCCACUGAGCUACUGAAAUACAAUGAAUAGCACUACUUUGCACUCUUUACUGGCAACCUCUCAUUGCUAGGCCAGCCACAGUAGAAUGAGAUGCACAGUCGAUAGUAGGAGCAACUCGAGCUUCACUAUUUAAAUACCAUAUAAGGUUUGCACUAAGUGCCCAAAGGUAGAUGUAGUUUAAAUUCUGUGUCAUGUUUCCUAACUGAUGGAUAGCAUAUUCUGCUGAUUUGAAGAGCAAUGAUUAAAUGUGAUGUCAUUACCCUCAACUUUCAAACAGAAAUAUUAUUAAGUAACCUGUGUCCAUUCAUUUAAAGGUUUUCUACGGACAAGUUAAACAAUUUAUCCUAUACUCCUGCUACCUAAUUGUUGUUCUACUUAAAGAUAUCUUAUAAAACAUUUUUUUCUUAAACAAUAUUUGAUCAGAUAAUUAAAACAAAAUUCCAAGACCAUUAAUAUAUAGAUAGAUCACUGCCUUAAUGUGAUCCUCAAGCAUACCAAUGUUUUACUCCUAUUUUAAGCUGUCAUAAUUUAAGUAGAGUAACUAUUAAACUAUUUUAACACUUAAACAAACCUAUUGAUUUUAACAGUUACAAACUUACUUUGCUGGUUGUAAUACAUAUAUAUUAUUAAAUAAUUCAGUAAUAAAAGUGUUGCAUUUUCACAUGAUGGUGAUAGCCAAAGAGAUUUUUUUGGGGUACAAGCUAAAAUCAACACUUCAAAACAUAGAAAAUCUAAAUUUCUGAAAAUGUCUUAUAUUUUUAAAUAAACGUUAUCAAGUAAGGACUGCAAUCACAGUAAAUUGAACUGAUCGAUCCUAACCGCAAGAGUGAUCUGCUUAAGUCUGAGAAUAGGAAAAUGGCCAGAUUAGAUAGAUAAUAUUUGAAUUUCUCUCCUUCAACUAGUAUGGUACCUAGAUAAUACUGAAAAAACACGAUUGAUGUUAAAGAAUUCUUAUUUUAAUACCUGCAUUUUUCUGGUAAUUUAAUUUGUACAAGAGCUCUCUACUGGAAAGGGGAAUAAAACGGAGCAGUGAAGACAAAAUGAGCAUGUUGGCAUCCAUUAUUUUAGUCUUUUCUCUUAUUUAGGGGGAUGCAAACAGCCUUGUUAUUGUCAGGAAUUUUGUACGUAAAUGAAGUGUUGCUCUGUUUUGAUUGUUUUAUGCAAUCAGUGUAAGCUGUGGCAUUUUGUUGUUAAAAUGCAUUUUAAUGAAGUAUUUUGUGUAUGCAUUUGUAUCAUUACAAAACGUAUCAUAGAUGGGAGUUGAUUUGCUGUCUGCCAUGCUCUGUAGUACUGGAAACUACCCAACUAACAUAAAGUUUGAUUUGUUUGUGACCAAAGGGGUACAUAUUUAUUUAUUUCUGUACUUAAGACAACUUAAUAUCCUUUCUUUAAAGCAAGCUGCAUUUUGCAUUCUGUUAGAAAUAUCUCAGUACUUUAGCUGCAAGAUAAGAAAUAAUAAGAGACCCUUGUAAUUACCACUUGUAGCAAAUAACCUGAAAGUCAUUUCAAAACGAUCACCCCCUAAAUCCCACCUGCUAUUGUCCAUUAAAUACUGAAUGUGAUAUUUCAGACUGCAAACCAAAAGUUUGAAUCACCUCACAAUCUUGACCCACUCUCUCA